AUGAUUUUACCAGUAAUGUGCUUGUAACAUUAUGAGAAAAAAUUUAUUAUUUUUAAUAGCAUGUACGUAUGUAACUUUUGUAACUUUUCAUUUUUAUUUUGAUUAAUUCCCUCUCGUUCAGUGUCGUUCAGAACGUUAAUUUCUUCUAUUUUCUAAUUUUUAUUUUAUGUAAACUGUAAUACUCAAUUAAUAUUUUAUAAAUAAUAUCAAGUGUUAAAUUUUGUCAUUUUUUCAGAGAGAACAAAACAAAAUGGUGCCUACACGUUUGUUGAUAUUUUUCUUUGUGUCAAUAAUUAAUCAAGGUGGUUAUGCUUCAGUAUUUGAGUGGAUUUGGAGCAAAAAUACAGAUGAUACUACUGUCUUAGUGGCAGAUGGUGUCCCAUUGGUCUCAAUUCCAUAUGAAUCUAUGACAGAAGAUGAAAAGUUCCUUCAGGAAGCUGCAAAAUUUACAGAAAUACAAGUGUCAUCGCCUUUGGAAACAUGCCAACACAAAGUUAUUAUGAAGGUUAAAACUUCUUGCUCUGAGAUGAGCGAGGAACAACUUGCUAAACUUAGUGUUAAUCUUUUGAAUUGUCAGUCUGCAGUAGAAGGCAGGAAAAUAUUCCCAUGCACCGCUGAAAUGUCACUGAAACAAUGUACCACAGACAUGGAUGCGGAUAUGUGGAAUGCAUAUCAUUUAAUGAGUAAUAGAGCCAGAGCAGUUUGUUAUGCAGCUCGUAGCACUCAGUUUCGUGCUCUUACAGAAUUGACUGUAAACAAAUUAAUGCAAUCUGCACAUACCCAGAUUAAAACACUAAGUUCGUUAAAAGAAGGUCAAGACCGUUUAGAAGAACAGACUGUACAAGCCUUGUUAGCUUUGUCAAAAGGUAAUAAAGCAUUGCUAGAACAGCAAAAACUAUUAAAAGAAGCACAAACAUCUGCUUAUAAUCUCGUGACAACAAAUUUGAGAGAAUUGAACAACGAAAAGGCUUUGAUUAGAUCUGGACAUGCACAACUUGCAAUAAUGGCAGACGAUAUUAGGAAAAAAUUAGAAGAGGCAAAUAAACGCUUGGAAUAUCAAACUAUUGAAAUGAAGGAAAACCAUAAUGAAAUAUUAGAAGAUCUGUACAGUGUUCAAGAACAAGCACAAUUGAUGUGGGAUAAGAUAGAAGCCAGCACACAUAAGAUUUUCGACCACCAUGAAGCAACACUUGUUCGAUAUGAACAGAGUUUAGAAAAAUUAAAUGAAAUUAACAACACUGUUCAAUAUAUUUGGAAUCUAACAAAUAGCAUGCGUGCAGAGGUGGAUGAGAAACUCAAUUGGUUGACCAGUUACAUUGGUGACACUGGAGAACAAAUGUAUCAAAUAUAUCGUGUAGGCUUGCACAUUGUUUACUUAUUAUUUGCUAUGGUGAUUGCUGCGUUCCUUCAUGCGCCAUUAUUGACUAGAAUUACUAUUAUGGGACUCGUACCAUUAAACUUAGUGUCUUUCUUGAAACAUGGCAUGGAUGCUUGUUUGGAUUUUGUAUCAAUAAGUGUAUUAAUAUUUUUAAUCACGAUGAUGCAUUUUUUAAUGAUUGGAAUUCAACGUUUAUGCGGUGCAAAAAGGACAAACCUGAUUCAAGUCAAAAACCAAAAUGGAUCUGCUCAAUCACCACGUGUCUUUUUAAUAUCUUUCUAUGUAAAUCUGAAGACAAAUAUUUGGAAAAUUUAUGCUUUUGUCCGUUACCAAAUAAAUCAAUCUAUCCAAAAAUUUAACUCGCUGAUACAAGCAGCAGCUUCAUGGAACAGGCAAAGUUUGACACAACGCGAGGAAUUGUCUUGUUCGUAUAUUUCUUCGAGGAGAAAUCAGGAAGAUCUUGUUCGUAAUUAUAAACAAGAGUUUUCAACUAUAUCUGAAGAUGUCAGCGAUUUCGAACAUUCGAACUUAAUGGAUAGGAGUAUCGAUGAUUUUGACUAUUUAGUCGAUGCCAAUGAUCUAAGGCGGAGAUUAAAGAGAAGAGAUGGUUCCGUCGGCAGAUCUUCUUAUUCUUAUCAACAUUCACCCUCUAGGAGUGUAACUCCAACAAGAAUGCUAUGUAAUGCUACGACAAAGAGUGGCAAAAAAUGUCGAUUAUUUACAAUGAAUGGACAUAGGUAUUGUAAUAGACAUUCCAAUGGAAGCUCAAUAGGUGAUUGAAAAUUUUUUUAGCACAAUGAUAAGUUAGUUAAGUAAGUUAAAUGAAAUUAUAUUACAUUAAUUGAACUGAAUGUUUUAAAAUAAUAUUCUUAAUGAAUUGCAUGGUUCAAUGUAAUUGUUUUGUUGAUCAAUUGUAUAAUUUAUUAACAUUAUAAAUGUCCACGAUUUUAACGCCAAUACCAUGCCUUUCAAGAGUAUGAUUCAUACUCUUGCAUAAAAAACUUUAUAAUAAAAUGGUGUAUAUAUUUCAUAUUUUGAAUGGGACGAAUUAAAUAAGAAUUAUAAUACAUAUAAGCAGCUAUUGCUAGUGUAUUUUAUAUGUCCUGUAUUUGUAAGAAACAUACAUUUUACAUUAAAUAUGAUUAUAAUUUAAUUUAUUUUUGUAAACUCGUUGUAAAAAUAAUAUUAAUAAAACAAUUGAAAUAUAUAGGUAUUUUAUUUAAAAAUAUUCAUAAACAUAUUUAUUAAUUAAAUGAAAAUAUUUCAUAAAUAGUAAAGUAGAUAAAAAUAAUAUUUUCAAUUACAAACAGCCAUAUUGUAUUGGGUACAUACUGCAUUAGUCGUCAGUUCUAAAAACUUUGAACUUUUAUCAAACCCAAUUUCAGUAACUAAAUUGUGUAGAUUACAGUAAUUUAUUCCAUAAUCGAAUAUUCUGAACCAUUCAUUUGAUACGGAUUUCCCCUUUAAUAAUGAGAAAUAAUUUUAAAAAUUAUCAUUAAAAUUAUUAUUAAAAAAUUGAAUAUACCGUUGCUACGCAGGUUUUAUUAAUUUCUUCAAAAUCAAUUUUUAUUGUUUCCAUAGUCUUCAUAUUUGAAACAAAAUGAGUAGCUUUAAUUAUAGUACUUUCAUUUGGUUUCGGUUCCUUGAGCUAUAACCAAUGUGUAUAAUAUUACAUAAUUCUAAAAGUAUAUUCUGCUGUAUUUUCAAAAUUAAAAUGUUUCGAUAUUAAAAGUUAUUUUUUCUACCGUAUAUAAACAUUUGCUACUAUGUGGACCACAGUUCAUGUAGGACGACCAAUUAAGUAUUUGAGAUCUAAAUUUUUGCAUAACAUAUUUGCAUGGAUCUUCAAAUUUCCUAUUAAAGAAAAUAAUAAAUUAUUUUAAAAAAUUGUUUGUUAAAAAAUUAUUUGGAGAUCAAGUAAAAUUCCUACGAUUGUCUAUUAAAUUGGAUAAGAUAUAUUUAAUUUCAAAUCGACUGUUUUAUUCGUGAAAAUUUAUUAUCGUCUUUUGGCAGCGUGGAAGUUCAAAGGGGAGCACCGAAAUAACAUACGCGACAUUCUCAUGAGCUUGAAAAGUGCGGUUCGUAUAUUUUUCAAGCGGUGUCGUCCAGCCAAAGAAAAAUAUACGAAUCCCACCAUUGCCGGCCAAUAUUCAGUUUUUCUACGUACAAGAUUGUUUGCGGAGUAGAUGUUAUCUUAAAACAUAUUUUUCUCAAACUUUUAGGAUUAUAGACAGAGGAUUAUAGUGCUCCACUUGAUGCUACAGCACUCUUGGUUACAAGAAUGAACAGUGUAAAUGACAAGAUGCUGAUAAUCCAUGAAUCAUAUAAUCAUUCAAAAUAGUGAGAAAAUUUUAUAGAAAAAACAAAUUUGAACAACAAAAUUAAUUAUAAAUAGAUUCCUAUUUCUACAUAA